AUGUAUUAUUUUCCCUGCAAUUUUGCCUUCCUGGAGAUCUGGUUCACAACUGCCUGCAUUCCAAAGACACUGGCCAAUCUUGUGUCACAAAGCCAGUCCAUUUCCUUCAACGGUUGCCUCCUUCAGAUGUACUUUGUCUUCUCGUUUGGUUGUACAGAAUAUUUCUUCCUUGCAGCCAUGGCAUAUGAUCGCUAUUUGGCUGUGUGUUACCCCCUGAGCUACAGCACCAUCAUGACCAGCACUCUGUCCAGGGGGCUGGCAGUGGGCUCUUGGGUGGGUGGUUUCCUGGUCAUUUCAGUGCCAGCGCCUUUGACUUCCAGGUUGUCUUUCUGUGGCUCUAAUAUCAUCAACUAUUUCUUCUGUGAUAUCUCUCCCUGGAUUACUCUUUCCUGCACAGAUAUCACACUUGUUGAACUGGUGUGUUUUGUCCUGUUUGCCAUUGUCAUCCUCGGUUCCUGUGUCAUUACCCUGAUCGCCUAUAUUUCUAUCAUCUCCACUGUACUGAGGAUCCCAUCUGCUCAAGGCUGGCAAAGAUCCUUCUCCACUUUUUCUUCCCAUCUCAUUGUAGUAAUUAUUUGGUACUGCUUCACCAUCUUCCUCCAUGUCAAGCUGUCCAUCAAAGCUCCAUUGGAACUGAAAGGAAUGAGAAAGAGCUGUCUUUACAAACAAACUGUGGGCCUGAUGGUAGAUAAAGCCAGAUACUGA